CUUUGAUGGGUAAAUGUCAGACAAUCUUGAUGAUAAUAAUUUGGUACAUUUAUCUUUGAUGGGUUGGUAUCAGACGUUAGAAUUCCAAGUAAAUUCGUAAUCGUUUCUUAAGAAAUGUUGCAAUCACAACACUUUAUUUUAUCCAGACAGAUUAAUAAUUAUAUCGUAAUGACAGUCAAAUACGAAUUCUACAACACAUUUUGAUAAACCUUGUUCAUUAUGUUAAUAUGGGGCUUACUGUUUUAUGAUAAUUAAGUAACAUGGAAAUAAUGCAAUGUGUUACAUUAUUAUUUUGAUGUGUUUUACCAUUAUUUAGUUCAUUUUGGAGGAUGUUAGCUCCUAGCAGUAUUCGCCUCCUGGAGAGUUGUAAAAAUAUCUGUUAUAGAUGGAGAAGUACCGUCGCUCACUUGAAGUACAAAACAGAUCUCCCCUUACAAUCGAAAACCAUAGGUCAGUUACUGGAAGAGUGCGCCGAAAAAUUCAGCGAUAGAGCAGCCAUCAUCGCCAGAGAACAAAGAAGGCAACUGACUUUUCCAGAACUUCUGGAUGAGGCUGAUCGGUUUGCAGCUGGCUUAAGGGCAAUUGGGUUGAAUUAUGGAGAUAAAGUUGGAAUAUGGGCGCCAAACUUAAUAGAAUGGCUUAUAGCUAACGUGGCUUGCACUAGAACAGGACUUCCAGUGGUGGCUCUGAACCCUGCAUUACAGUCUAGAGAAGUUGAAUACUGUAUCAAUAAAAUUAACGUGAAGUGUAUAAUUUGCCCAGCAGAAUCAAAACAUUAUAGCUUCAAAUCGGUAUUGAAUCAAUUGCUACCUGAUUUGGAGCAUGCAGAUAAAUGGAAAUUGGAGUGCAGUUCAUUACCGUCUCUCGAAAAAGUGAUACUUAUAUCAGAAGAUAGUUUAAGAGGAGCAUUUACCUACAACGACGUUAUGAAUAUGCCCGAUGCUCAAUCUGUGAAGUCAAUCAGAGAUUAUCAAAAGAAGGUUGAUAUCCAUAGCGUUAUGAAUAUCCAGUUUACAUCGGGGACGACAGGCUUUCCAAAAGCCAUACCAAGAACACAUUUCCAAACAGUAAACAAUUCGUAUUUUGUGGGUAAGCGGAUGAUGUUGAACGAAAAACAUCACAUAUUUUGCUGGCAAGUUCCUAACUUUCACGCUUUCGGACUGAUAGUAGGCACAGCAGGUUGGCAUAACGGAUCUACAAUUGUAUAUCCUUCCAUACAUUAUAGCCCAGAAAAAUCUUUGGAAUCAAUUAAUAAAGAGAGAUGCACAACUUUAUUGGGAACCCCAACUAUGUACGUUGAUCUUAUAAGGGAACAAAGCACAAGAAAUGAAGAUAUUAGUCCAGAUUUUGCAUUGACUGGUGGUGCCAUAGCUUCUCCCCAGCUUGUGAAAGACAUGCAGAGUGUCCUAAAUGUCAAAACAGUCCAAGUGAGUGAUUUCAACUUAAAGGAUUAGGGACCGUAAGCGCGUUUUUGGCGCUGAAAAAUCUCUACCAAGUUUAGCGUAUCUAUGAAAGUCACUGUAUGGACUUACUGAAUCCCUUGCUGCAUUCUUUUCAUUGCCCGGGGAAAGCCCUUCAGAGGUGUACACAACAGUAGGUCAUAUAGUAGAACACACAGAAGCUAAAGUAGUAGAUAGUAACAAGAAAACAGUUGACUUUGGUGUACCUGGAGAAUUAUGCUUGAAAGGAGCUGCUAUUCUAGAUGGAUAUUUAGGUGAUGAUAAGAAAAAUGAGGAAUCUUUCGAUGAAGAGGGAUGGUUCUAUACUGGUGACCAGUUCGUAAUGUUCGAAAAUGGAUAUGGAAACAUAGUUGGAAGAAUCAAAGAUAUGAUCAUUAGAGGUGGUGAAAAUAUAUACCCCAAAGAAAUCGAAGAUUUUCUACGAUCACAUCCAAAUAUCUUAGAGGUUCAUGUUGUAGGUAUACCUCACAAAAGACUAGGAGAGGAAGUUUGUGCUUGCAUAGAGACAAAAGACGGCAGCACAAUAUCGACAGAAGAAGUGAAAAUAUUUUGUGAUAAGAAGCUAGCUUAUUUCAAGAUUCCUACGAUGGUUCGUACAAUGAAGGACUUCCCAAAAACGACAUCAGGCAAAAUACAAAAAUAUAAAUUAGUUGAACAGGUUGUCCGCGAAAUGAACAACAACAUUGUAUAAUUUAUACUUGUGUUUUAUUUAUAUAUCAUCAGUAAAGUUUCUUAUUUUAUAGUAUUAAUUAAGUAAUUCAUUUGAAUCCGGCUCUGUUGCAAAAGGCAUCCAAAAAGGCGCCAUCUGAUAGACGGAAGUUGAAAUAACUGCUAGAGAUGUG